UGAGUCGCUUACUAGACAGCAGGGCUUAGUCUCCAUCAUAGAUGGGCACGACCCGACCUGAGUCGGAAUGACAAGGCGGAUUUCGGUUUCCUGGAGUAGUCGAGCCUGUUGAGCCUAGCCAGAGGAGGGAAAAAAAAAUUCGCUGCGUAUAUUAUUAGACUGAUCCCUCAUUUGCUUUCUGUCCUUUUUUCUCUUCCGUUAGUGCCAAUACCUCAAGCCAGCUCUUUCGAGACGAGCACACUCCAAUCCCACAGUCAACUCACAACUCACAACCGCCAAUAUGUUGCUCUUCAGCACCAUCAUGCUCUCCCUUCUGAGCUUCGGUCUCGCCUCCUCCAUCACAGAACUGGGUAUGGUCGCCUACGGCGUCUGGGUUUACGGUUCAGACUACACAUACGCCUACUACUGCGGUUACAGUGUCUGCGAAGAGACCGUCAAGGGCCAUGUCCCCGAUGUCGUUUCCUUCCUGAUGUUCGCCUCCGUUUGGUCCACUCUUGCUACUGCCGUUGCUAUCGGGCUUCCUCUCUACUACCAUAAGCACAACGGUCAUCACCACAACAGCUGGCUUGCUCCUAGCCUUAUCGUUCUUCACUUCCUCACCUGGGUAUUUUGGUUGGCCGGCUUUGCUUAUUUGGCUUAUCUGAUUGGUUCUUCUGGCACUGGUAUCAUUGCCGCCAUCCUCGCUUUUGGCAUUAUCAACUGGAUCUUGUACACGGUCUUGUUUGUCCUCAGCUUCCUUGCCAUCUUCAAUAUCAUGCAAGGCGAAUGGCCUGGUUAUCUCGUCAUGAAGGGACGCGGUUCUGCCUCUGCUCCUGCUCCUGCUCCUGCUCCUGCUGCGACUGAAACGACUGCUUAUACUGGCGCUCCUGCUGAGCCCAAGUAUGAGGGUCCCCAGCUUACUGCUUAAAGUCAGCCGAUUAGCGAUCUGCUUAUCUUUGAGUCUGGCAUGAGU